CAAAGCCUUUGCUAUUCCAAACACUGCCUCUACUCUCUCUCUCUCUCUGUGUCUCUCGCUCCUCUUGUCUAAUGAUUCAUUCCAAAACCCUAUUCACUUUGUUACCAUUUCUGGGUCUACGCAUUUUAUUUUUAUUUUUGUAAAAAAGCAAUUUCUGAGCAUUGAUUAAAUGUACUUUUGUUCAUAUCCAUUUUUCUGAAAUGGGGUACUCUUAAAAAUAUCUGAUCACAUUUUUCUUCUACAAAUUUUGCAUUUUUUUUUUCUGGGGUGCUGAGGAACAAGAGAAUCUCUUGGAUUCCUUGAAUUUCCUUUUUGGUCUCAAAAUAUCUUUUUUUUUUUUUUAGGAGUUUAAGUAUUGCAAAUUGUUGAGGUUUUUUUGAGGGGUGGCUUUGAUUUCCAUGGCUGCGGUUGCUGAGAUUUCCGCUGAUGCCAACAAAAUGGACUCAAAACCAAAGCAAGAAUCUGAAUUCAGUGUGCAGAAGCUGGUUGAUAUGUUCACAAAGUUGAAUCCUUUGGCGAAGGAGUUUUUUCCUGCAACAUAUUCUCCCAAUCAUCAUGAUCAUCUUCAUCGCCAUCUGGGCUAUAAUCAGUUCUCACCCACUAAUUUUCUGGUCAACACUAAGCCCACAGCUGAUGACAAUUUCCCAAACAAUCGAAGGAGAAGAAAUAAUUUUAACCAGGGGAGGAGAAGGUUGAAUGGAAAAACACUUAAGGCUCAGAGAGAAGAUAGCAUUAGGAGAACAGUAUAUGUUUCUGAUAUUGAUCAGCAUGUUACUGAGGAGCGGCUUGCAGCCUUAUUCAGCACUUGUGGACAAGUAAUUGAUUGCCGAAUUUGUGGUGAUCCACAUUCAGUUCUUCGUUUUGCUUUUGUCGAGUUUGCAGAUGAACAUGGUGCAAGGGCAGCUUUAAACCUUGGUGGUACUGUGCUUGGAUACUAUCCAGUCAGGGUCCUUCCUUCAAAAACUGCUAUCCUUCCUGUGAAUCCUACAUUCCUCCCUAGGUCGGAUGAUGAGCGGGAAAUGUGUACCCGUACUGUCUAUUGUACAAAUAUUGAUAAAAAGGUUUCUCAAGCUGAGGUGAAGAACUUUUUUGAAUCAGCUUGUGGUGAGGUUCUGCGCUUGAGGCUUUUAGGGGACCAUGUGCAUUCAACUCGAAUUGCUUUUGUGGAAUUUGCUAUGGCUGAAAGUGCAAUUAUUGCACUAAAUUGUAGUGGGAUGCCCUUGGGAACCCAGCCUAUCAGGGUAAGUCCUUCAAAGACUCCAGUGAGGCCAAGGGUCACUCGUCCAACAUCACGUUAACUGAUCAACAUGGUCCAAUACGUCAGAUUAUAUUUGGUCAACUUUCCAGUUGAGACUUGUGUAGAAGGGGCAGUGAAACUCCCUUUGUUUCAGUAUUUCCAUCUUUUUCUGUCACAGCAGUUACUUUUUAUUGCCAGAGCCUAUAAUGUUUUGGUAAUUAAACUUUCCAGCGACCACCAGUCUUGAUCUUAAAACAUUUAACCUUGUUUA